AAAAAAAAAGGAAAAAAAGAAGCCGGCGCUCUGUUCUCUCCCCGGUUACCGAAUAUGACACAAUGUCUGCUGGUAUAAAAAGCUAGGGCCACUCCUAUCAGGGCUCCACUUGUACGUCUGGAGACCACUCCGGCUCUCUGCAGCGAAUAAAGGGAGGAGGCUGCUGCUGCUGCUGCUACUGCUGGGAUCCUCAGCGCCUGCAGGAGACACAGAGAGACAGAGGCAGACAGAGGAGAGGAUGGCCACCCUGGUAGAAUCCGCGGAGAUGGAGACUUUAGGCAACACCGGGGCUUCUCCCACGUCCUCCAGCCCCUCGCAUCACUUCAAUGACAGCAAAUUUUACCUGCUGGUGGUUAUCGGGGAGAUCAUCACGGAGGAUCACCUCAAGUGUGCCAUUGCGGACAUAGAGAAAGGGAUUCGCUCGUGGGACACCAACCUUAUCGACUGCAACCUGGACCAGGAGCUGAAGCUGUUUGUCUCCAGACAUUCAGCUCGUUUCUCUGCAGAUGUCAGAGGGCAGAGGAUUCUCCACCAUAAAAGUAAUAUCCUGGAGACGGUGGUGCUUAUCAACCCUUCAGAUGAAGCAGUCAGUACCGAGGCUCGUUUGAUGAUCUCAGACACUGCCAGACACAAGCUUUUGGUCCUCUCAGGCCAAUGCUCUGAAAACACAGGGGAGCUGAUUCUUCAGUCUGGAUCUUUCUCUUUCUUCAACUUUAUAGACAUAUUCACUGACCAAGAGAUUGGUGAGUUGCUCAGCACCAUUCACCCAGCAAACAAAGCCAACCUUACACUCUCCUGCCCCGAACAAGGCGAAUGGAAGAACUCAAACUUGGACAAACACAACCUGCAGGACUUCAUCAACAUGAAACUAAACUCCACUCUCAUCCUCCCCGAAAUGGAGGGUCUUUCAGAGUUCACGGAGUAUUUAUCUGAAUCCGUAGAGAUCCCAUCUCCUUUUGACAUGUUAGAACCUCCGACUUCAGGUGGAUUCCUCAAACUCUCCAAACCAUGCUGCUACAUUUUCCCAGGUGGUCGCGGUGACUCUGCUCUCUUUGCUGUCAAUGGCUUCAACAUGCUGAUAAAUGGAGGUUCAGACAGGAGGUCUUGCUUCUGGAAGCUGGUGAGACAUCUAGACCGGGUGGACUCCAUCCUGCUGACCCACAUUGGUGAUGACAACCUGCCGGGCAUCAAUAGCAUGCUGCAGAGGAAGAUUGCAGAGCUUGAAGAGGAACAGUCUCAGGGUUCGACAGCUAACAGUGACUGGGUGAAGAACAUGAUUUCUCCAGAUAUUGGCGUUGUGUUUGUCAAUUUUCCUGAAAGCCUGGAAACCCCUGAACCUAAUUACAGAGUGCGCAGGAAUGUUGAGGAGGCAGCGGUCACUCAGCAGUUCAUCACCAAGCUAAAUUUGAGGAUGGAGCCUUUGCAAAGGCCUGUAGGAAACACUAUAGAGCCAAUCACACUUUUUCAGAAAAUGGGUGUCGGGAAGCUGGAAAUGUAUGUGCUUAAUCCAUCAAAGAACAGCAAGGAGAUGCAACACUUCAUGAAGCAGUGGACAGGUAGUGAAAAAGACACCACUUCCAUUCUACUUCGGAAUGGAAAAGAAUCUGAGUUCCCUCUCUCUUACAUGACUUCAAUCUCUUCACUGAUUGUGUGGCACCCUGCUAAUCCCUCAGAUAAGGUUGUGCGUGUUCUCUUUCCUGGAAAUGCCACCCAGCAUCACAUCUUUGAUGGUUUAGAAAAGCUAAAGCAUCUGGACUUCUUGAAGCAGCCAGUUGUCACUCAAAAAUCAGUGUCUACUGAUAUGCCGUCAACGCCAACACUAAAGCAAGCUAAGAUGAAACACAGAACAGACAGCAAAGAGAGCCUGAAGUCUACCCCAAAGCCAUCACCAAGCAAAAACACCAGGAAGGAAUCCAAGGAGGAAACACCAGAAAAGGCAAAGACAGAUGGAGAAUCAGCUCAGGAAAAAACACAAAAGGCAGAGAAAAAAGAAAAAGUCCCACUGAAGAAGGAAAAGGCUAAGGCACCCGAGAAAGAAUCAAAAGCAAAGGCGGAGCAAACAGCCCAAGAUGAAACACCAGAGAAAAAGAAAUCUGAGAUAAAACCCAAAACUGAAAAGGAAAAGAUUGUGAAGAAGGAGGUCAAAGCAUCUGUGGAGAAGAAAAGGGAGGUUAAAAAAGAAGCAGCAAAGAAAGAUGAUACCCUCAGACAGGAAGCUAAAAAGGAGGAAAAAGUAAAGAAAGAGGAGGCAAAGAAAGUUCUUAAAAAGGACAUCAGAAGAGACUCACCAAUGAAAGAGAAGAAGGAAGAAAAGAAAGACCUAAAGAAAGAUGUCAAAAGGCCCUCUAAAGACAUGAAAAAGGCAUCCACAGCAGGUGAAGACAAGACUCUCAAACCAAAGCCUCUGAAAAAAGAUGAUGCUUCAAAGAAAGACACAGGAGCUCUAUCAAAGUUAAAAGAUAAAGGAAAGUCAAAGGUUACAAAGAAAGACACAAAGGUGAACUGUAGCAAUCUGGCAGCUACUGCUGCUGCUGUUGUAGAAGAUCCUGAAGCAGAAAGAUCUCUGAUGUCAUCACCAGAGGACCUCACCAAGGAUUUUGAAGAGCUCAGGGCUGAGGAGUUAGUGGAGGAUGAUGCAACUGUGCAACAAAAUGAGGGAGAAAAAGCUGUGAUCCACCAUGAAGAAAUGAUGCAGACCAAAGAGUCCCCUGAAGCAUUAGAAUCUGUAGAUGAGGGUAUAACAACAACAGAGGCAGAAGGAGAAAAUGGAGAGACUCCAGAAGAGCAAGUACUGAAGGGAAAGCCCAAUGGAAGUGUAUCUGAGAAGUUUGAAGAUGAGGGGACUGUAAUGGAGGAGACAUCUGAGGGAGGAGAUUAUGAAGAGAAAGGAGAAACAGAAGAAGUUUAUGAACCGCAGAGAGUGGAAUUAGAUAAGAAUAAUCUUAGUCCCUGUAUAGAUGCACACCAAGCUAAACAUGAUGAAAUGAUACAAGAAAAGGUUGUUGAGGACAAUGAUGAUGUGACUAAUAAAAAUGUAGAAGAUGAGCAUGUAAUUCAGAGAGGUACAGAGAAAUUGAACUUCUUUGUAUCAUCCUCAACCAAAGUGUCCUCACCAGUUUCUCCGGCUGCAUCUAUCCAUGAUGAAUUGCCUCCAGUUGGCUUUGAGAGCUCAACAGCUUCAGAUGAUGAGAACAGAGAUGAACCCCUUGAGGAUUACACAUCUGGCCACACUCAAUCCACCAUGGAAGUCUCUAGCGUGCCCACUCCCAUGGAUGAGAUGUUGACUCCCAGGGACAUUACCAGUGAUGAAGCCACCAAUGACGAGACUGAAUCUCCAUCUCAGGAUGUUGGCAAGUUUGGGACUUCAGUAUCUGGAGAGGUUGAUAGGAAGAAGCUGUCUCCACUUCAGGAUAUUCCAGGGUCUGAUCAUUCUCAGAGUGAAGCCACAGAAGGCCAGGACUACAACCAUUCUGCGUCUACAAUAUCUCCCCCUUCAUCACUGGAAGAGGAUAAAUUCUGUAAGGAACUUCCCUCGCCAGGGAAAGCAGAACAAUUUGAAAGAUAUGAUGCUGACCCAAAUAGACUCAGUUCAUUAUCCACAACAACACCUCUUGUACGUUCUCCCUCAGUGGACCGCAAGGAUAUAGUUGAUUCUCCAUCAGUGUUUGCAGCUCCAAUAGAACUGUCCACCACACUGGCUGGAUGUACCAAAGCAGCAGCUGAUUCCUCCAUCAGCCCAGAUGACAAGACAUUGGAAGGAGCUAAUUCACCUCAGUCUUCUGGUCACACACCUUACUAUCAAUCACCAGUCGAUGAAAAAGCAGGAGCUAUGCCACCUGUGUCAGAAGAAAAAGCACAGGGCCCACUAAUUGUGGAGGUCACAAGUGAUAAAGAAGACUCCAACAGAGUUACCCCAGAGCCUGAUGAACCAGAACCAGAAAGUUCCUCACCAGUAGAGAGGGAAGUCUCCUCUCCCAAGAGCCCACCACCACUAAGUGAGCCUGAUUCCCCAGUGAAGAAGGAAAAGUCACCCUUUGACAUAGAUCCUAAGAAAUCUGGAGAAAAUGGCCAUUCAGUCUUGUCCUCAGCACCACUGACCAAACAUGAAUCAGACACCAAUCCUUUCACAGCUUUUAAAGAAGAAAGUAAAAUGUCCAUUUCCGAAGGCACCACAUCAGACAAGUCUGGGACUCCCCUGGAGGAAGUAGUGGCAGAAGACACAUUUUCACAUUUAGCUUCAGCAUCCACAGCCUCCCUGGCCACCAGCUCCUUGCCAGAACCAACUACUGACUCUCCCUCACUUCAUGCCGAGGUGGGGUCUCCUCACUCCACAGAAGUAGACGACUCUUUGUCUGUUUCUGUUGUUCAGACCCCUACCACAUUCCAUGAGGCUGAGGGAUCUCCAACCAAAGAAGAUAGUCCAAGGCCAAUGUCUAUUUCCCCAGACGUCUCACCGAAAACAAAAAGCAGGGCACAGAUGAUGGACACAAAAUCCCCAGAGCACUCUACCAUGUCAAUAGAGUUUGGCCAGGAGUCCCCUGACCACUCUUUAGCCCUGGACUUCAGUAAACAAUCUCCAGAGCACCCAUCAGCUGGCAGCAGCUCACGGGCUACAGAGAAUGGCCCAACUGAGGUGGACUACAGCCCCUCAGAUGGAACAGAUUUAAGAGUAUCUGGAGAGUCCAACUCUGCAGUAGAUAACCCUUUGCAUUUUGAAGAGAGUGAUUCAGCCCGUGCCAUGUCAGCAACUCCGUCAGAUGGAUCUCAGUCCACUCCAUCAGUUACAACCCCAUGUCAAAUGACGGAUAUAUCACAAGCUGUUCCUGAGCAAGCAGAUAAGUCUCCUGCAACCCCAAAGGCAUCCUCUCUCACCAAUUACCCCCAUUCCAAUGAGCCAUCCCCAGUGCUUGGAAGUCCCCCAGCUAAAGACAGCAGCAGCCCAGUUUUACCAUCUGCACCAUCUGUGGAGAGCAUAGCUAAAUCUGGCACACAGCAGAAAUAUGACAUGUCACCCUCACCUCCUAAAGCUACUUCCCCAUUAUCCUCUUUUACUGUGUUGAAAGAGGAGACGAUUUCCCCAGCAAAGGAGACAAAUCCCUUUAAAUGUGAGGAUUCUACAUUUGAGAAAAAAUCCCCUGUGAGUCCCAAAGUUCCUUCCCCAUCAUAUCUACCUCUCUCCCCUAAUUACGAUUCUGCCUGUGGCUCCAGGAACCCAGACUCCAAGAGGAGUCCCUGUGCUCCAUCCAAGACAGAUGUCGACCUUUGCUUAGUCACCUCAUGUGAGUACCGUCACCCCAAGACAGAAUUAUCCCCAUCUUUCAUCAACCCCAACCCCCUGGAAUACUUCAUUAAUGAAGAGAAUGCCUUGGAUGAGGAAAAGCCUUUGGCUAAGUCAGGAGGAGGACCCCCACCACCAGGAAGUAAGCUUUCUGCCAAGCAAUGUGAGGAGACCCCUCCGACAUCCAUCAGUGAAUCUGCCCCCUCCCAGACAGAUUCAGAUGUUCCACCAGGGACAGAAGAGUGCCCUUCCAUCACAGCUGAUGCCAACAUUGACUCUGAAGACGACUCUGAGACUCUACCUACUGACAGAACCUUGACCUACAGACAUGCCGAUCCUCCUCCGGUGGCACUCAGGGACUCUGCUCCAUCUUCAGGCCACCAUGAUGUCUGCAUGGUGGACCCAGAGGCGCUCAAGGCUGAAGAAAACCUCCACAAUGCAAACACAGCUGGUGGAGAGAAACCAAAUAAGAAAAAGCUCUUGAAGAAAUCCUCAUCACCAGCUAGAAAGAGUGGUCUAUCAAAGGUGAAGGACUCAAAGACUGUCUCUCCUAAAAAGGGUGUCGGAGAAGGGAAAGAUGCCAAAAAUGCAACCAACACCUCUGCAUCCCGAGGUGUAAAAAGUGCAACAUCAGGUACAGGCAGUGGAAAGGUAUCGGGUGGGGCAUCUUUGCCCAACUGCCCUCCCAUGUACAUGGACUUGGUUUACAUCCCCAAUCACUGCAGUGCCAAAAAUGUGGAUGCUGAAUUCUUUAAGCGUGUCAGAUCGUCUUACUAUGUGGUCAGUGGCAAUGACCAGACAGCUCAGGAACCCAAUCGGGCUGUCCUUGAUGCUUUGCUGGAAGGAAAGGCCCAGUGGGGAAACAAUAUGCAAGUCACUCUGAUUCCAACCCAUGACACCGAUGUGAUGAGAGAGUGGUACCAGGAGACUCAUGACAAGCAGCAAGAGCAGAACAUCAUGGUCCUGGCCAGCAGCAGCACUGUUGUCAUGCAGGAUGAGUCCUUCCCAGCUUGUAAGAUAGAGAUGUAGGAAUGUUCCGCGAGAGAUUUGAAGUGGAAACCCAAUCCAUGUAGCAUAAAGUCUAAGCUGACACUUAAACACUUAUAUGCUAGAAUGAAAUAAAUAUCUGCCAUGAGGAUUAACUAACACUGAUACAAAUUAGCUUUGAAGGGGUCCAUGCAAAAGGAUGCAUUACUUUAUGUAUAAAGUAAUGCAUCCUUGAAAUCCUCAAUCUGAUUCUAAAAUAUAAACAGACUGAACUUAGGGGGGAUAACAAACCAAAUAAACCAGCCGAGUCACGACUGUCCAAUUAUGCUGAUUCCAGUUCAAAAAAAUAACGCUGUCAUUGAUGUAUUGAGUUUCCUCUGCAUCCCCAAAUCAAAAUAUAGGUGAGCUUUUAUUCACUUUUACUGAUUUGAAGGAACAAAACUUUCCUGGAUCUGGUAUGUUCUGAAAUAAUGGCUGUUAUCCACACCAAAGGAUAAAACAACACUUCUUCUGUUAUUGCCUUAGGGAAUCAAAAUGAAUGUGUAAGAGCUGGCGCAGCAAGCAGAAGAUUGGACAGGUAACCCUAAACACCAGAGAUUGAUUCCAAAAAUGACUGUUAAAUGGAUACAGAGUUGAAUGAUGGUAAAUAUAACUUAACUUGAAGGGACACUCAACACCGAUUAACAAUGAUAUGACGUUUGAUUUCUUAUUCAUCAUGAGUGAAUCAGAGUGCACUUACAAUUCUGAAAUGGUUCUCUGUGUUUUUAAGUUGGCUGGGUUUUAUUAUAUUUAUUUAUUUAUUAUUUGAUGAAUGUCUAUUUUUGUCCAGCUUAUGUUGCUGCUAAUGUAUUAGUAAUAAUUUAUUAUGUUAGGUUUAAAUCAUUGUGCUUGAUUGUCCAGACAGCCUUUCACACUUGUGCAACAUGACGUUGCUUCAUUAUACUCUCCCUUGCCUUCAGCGCAUCUGUAAAAUCUCUUAAGAAGAUUGCCUUUUAUUUCAGAUUGUCUGUUUUAUUUACAGAUUUUAAGUUGUUUCAAGAAGAGAAAACCUGAUCUUAUUUCUUAGAGCUGUUUUUUAUGUGAUCAAUGAGCUAUGGGGAAGCUUGCCUUUUCCCACUGUAAAGCUGGUGAAGCAGGAUAUUUUCAUAAACCUUAAAAUGUCUUGUUUUUCUAUAGCAUUGUACUAUAAUUAUAAAUAGCUUUGUGGCUAAUGGAGUGGUUGGAAGACCUGCAUGAGUUAUGAUACAUUAGGAUCUUUCUCUUUUUUUAAAUGGGGAUUUUGCUCAGACUUGCAUUAAGAACAACAGGGCUUUAUAGGCUAAAUAAAUAAAAGGAAGGAGCAUUUUGUUAUUUUUGCAAGUUGUGCCAUGACCUACAGUAUGUACUCUUCACUAACUCCAGCAAUUGCCAGUGGCACUGUAUUGAUGUGAGACUUGAUUUUGGGUGCGGCACAUUGUAGAUUUCCAGGUUGAUGUUGAGCAUUUAGGGAGGCUGAAAACUUAAGCCAGAAUGAAAGAGAAUCAGCUUCUAGUAGAAGCGUACUCUUAAGAAAGGGCAGCACACGGAGGUGAGAGUGAUUCUGUUUUAGGUGAAAGUAUGUAAGACAAAAACUAGACACUUUAUACACAAACAAGACACAUACCAGACUAACAGUGCAGAGGCCACAGAUCAACUUUGACAGCUUCUGGAGAAACAUUUAACAAAUCGCAACAUGACAAUUACAGGCUUUGGUACUUUGGGCUCUUCAGUCAACUCACCAACUUCACCAGAUAUUCCUCAAAUGGCGUCAGGUGUUCAUGAUACCACAAAAGAGCAGUUUUCCUGCAGAGGAACCUCAAACUAACACCGUGACCUUACCGUCAAUCAACAACAUACCUACAAACUCUGAACUGGCAUUUCUCUUGAACUGACAUUUCUCUUUUCUCUGUCUUCUUUCUCUACACUUCCUCUAUUUCUCUCUCCAUCUAUUUAUCUGCCUUUUCUCCUUAUCUUUCUCUCUGGAGAACUUUAAUAAUGUUUGUCUGCAGCUGUGUGGUAUAUUUGUCUUGUGAUCUCGCAUCCUCUUGGCCCCUUUCCCAAACUCAUAUGUAACCUCUAGCAAUUAGUUUCAAGUGAAGAUAUCCCUUAGUGCUUUCUGAUGUUUGUGUGCAAUAGCUCCUCUAUCCAUAUGGCGAAUCUAAUGUAAGAGGAACCACUACUAAAGAACAAACAUUCAAAAAUGACCACAAUAAAAUCGGUUGUGAAAAAAAUAAGAA